ACAACACAUUUAUCACUAUUGAUUUUGCUCCUGUGUUCGAUGCACUCUCUGUAAAUCUACUCAGAGUUCUUACGUUACAAUGCCAGUUGACAUCUUUAUUCUGUAGUCUUCAUAGAUUUCUUAUCAUGCAUCUUGUACUAGUGUCCUAGUAAAUGCUUCUAAUGUUCCAUACUGUCUCUAAAAGUUUGAGUAAGAUGCUAUAUUUUUAGAAAAGUGUUGUUUACUUGAAACAUAGUGGAAUAUUAAAAAGAAAAAUUGUGAUUUAGAAAGCCAUAGCAAAGCACUUGGAGAAGAUUAAAUAUGAAUUUUAAAAAUUACUAAGAUUUUAUCUUAAGGGUAUUUAAUAUUCUGGUAUUUUGGUUAAAAAUAUCCAUUUUCCAAGGAGUGAAGAGAAUAGGAGAAUGCAGUUUAAAGUUUCUAUGGAGGUGUUAAGACUACAUGUUAUUGAACUGUGAAGAAGGUGUGGUUGUUAAAUUGUGGUACAUGGGACAAGUCUCGGAGUUCUCUGGCUGGGAAUCUAUUGUGAGUAGGUACAGGAAGAGCCAUAUGUUUGUGAGGAGAAAGUGGGGUAAAAUUUGUGUUGCAUAGGACUGGUGGAAGGUUUAGAUUAGCCAUCAGGUUUCCUUCUAUUUUAGUCAGUUAUUGUUGGCUUGUUUAUGUUGUCUAAUGAAAAUAGCUUCUGUAAUCCACAAUCCUGUGUGGCUCUCAUAAUAACUAUGUUUUUCUGACUCCAGCAUUUACCUACGUCUUUUUGUCUAAUAUAGUACAUGUGUGAAAGGUUUUAUUUUUUUAUUCACAUGUGAAAAUGCUGAAUCAUGAUGCUAAUGUAACAUUCAAAAUGCCAGGUACUUGCAGAUCAAAGAAGUUAAUGUUGUUACCAUCAGCUAACACUUGAAUAAAAUUCAUUGGCUAAUCUAGCCACCAUCACUACCUCAUCCUUUCUGUACUACACAACUUUUUCCUCAUUCUCUCUUUGUAAACGCAUAACCCUUAUCCUAUCUACUGACAAAACUCUGAGACAUACUCCAUGCAGUGCAAUUUACAACUCCACAUUCUUCACACUUCAACAACACACAGUCUUAUCACUUCACACAGUCUUCAAGCUGACAAGAAUCCAGACUCAUUCUCCUGACAUGUUUGGGUUCUUAGCAGAAGCAUUCUCAUCACUCUUGGACAAAGAGUUUUUUCGUUCAAAAAUCAUUCAGAUUAUUAAAAGCUUUUAGAUAAAAGUAUAAUGUUUUCAUAUAUUUAACUUUUUCCCAAGUCUAAUGCUGUAGCUUUCUAAAUCAUAGUUGUUAUUUAAUACAAUAUUCUAUGUAUCUUGUUCACCUAGCUGUGAGAAUUAGGUACCAGAACAUCAUAAAGAAAGUUAUCCAAGUGAAACACACUCUCAUCUGUUGCUUUAUUUGUAUCUGUUUAAUUCCACAGAAUCCAAAGUCAAGCAUUCAGCCUGUGUUUCUAUGUCAUUUAUAAGGAACACCACAGCAAUAUACCACAAAUAAAUAUGGAUGACUUCUGCUUUUGUUAUAGUUAUAAGUGUAAAUGAAGUACAAAACUUAUGGAGCUCCUUACAUCAUGGUCAUAGAGAGCAAACAAGUCCUGAAGCUUUUUACCAAAGAUUUCCGAAAAAGACCAAAUGCUGGAAUCAUCAGAAGAACUCAUGCAGAAAAUGUUCGAUAAAAAAAUAUGUUCAUAUCGGAUUGAAAGUUUCUGGACAUAUGAACUUUGUCAUGGGAAAUACAUGAGGCAAUAUCACGAAAGCAAAGAUUUAGGCAAGAAACGACAGAUACAGGAAUAUUUCCUUGGUUACAAUAAAGGAUCAAAUUUAGAAAGGUCUGGAUCUUCAAAAGUUAGUGCCUCAUCAGUAGGAAAUCCACCAGUACACACACGAAAAGUUGAUGGUCUUGACUUACCUUACUUCCAAGUAAACAUAACUGAUGGCACAGUUUGUGACCUGACUGGAGGACCAAGACAGGCAGCUAUUCUUUAUGUGUGCCAACCAGAAGGCCGAGGAGAAAUCUUUGAAAUGAAAGAAGUAUCCACGUGUGAAUAUGAAAUUAUUGUGCUCACAUCAGUUCUCUGUAGCCACCCAGAUUUUAAACCCAAGAAUCCACAUAUUGGCAAGAUAGAUUGCCAUUCUGUUGAAGGUGCUCCGGUGCGUCCUGUAAAUAUGGACCAUUUGGCUGAGGAAAAUCGAUAUGGUCUUCCUUUUGAAGAUGAAGCUAAUGUAUUUGACAAAUCAAGCCUCUUCAAGAUAAAUUUACAUGACAAAAGGAAAUUCACACAGAAAACUGAGGUGUACGAUCAGAAAACAAAGAUAGCCAUGUCGACAGGAAAUGGUGGUAUAGGACUAGCUACAGAUGAACAGACUAUCAGAGAUUUCCUCAGUGGAACAGAUUGUCUGAAAGGUGGUGCUGGAUGGUGGAAACAUGAAUUUUGCUAUGGCAAAUAUGUUCGGCAAUAUCAUGACGGCAAUGAUGGACGUACUGUUAUAACUCUUGGUCACUGGAAGCUUGACAAACAUUUACAGUGGUUGCAUGCUAAUCCUUUGAAAAAACCAAAGCCAAUAGGAAAGAGAAGGAGUAUUUCUCUACUCUAUACUGAUGGAGACUUCUGUGAAGCCAAUGGAAAGAAGAGAAUUGUUGAAGUUAAAUUAAAGUGCAUUGAAGAUUUAAGCAGAUCACAUUCUUUUGCAUUAUACAUCAUGGAACCCAAAACUUGUGAAUACAUUUUAGGGAUUGAAUCAACUAGUUUCUUACAGGUGCUAGGAGCAAUUUUACUCCAUUCUUCUCUCAACUUUUGGUACAAAUGCUCUUUAUUUUUAAUUGUUGUGUUCCUGAUAGCUUCACCAAGAGUUCCCCAUAAGUGUUCGAUCGGAUUUAGAUUGGGACUUUGAGCUGGACAGUGUGUG